AUGCCAAAAUUAGAUCGAGAAAAGGAGAGAACAGAAUUUUUGAAACGACAUGGUCUUCUUGAUGAGAGUGAUGCGAACCAACCAAUUAAUGGUGACAUCAAGAAAAUUUCCAAAUCCGAAUAUCAAAAUGAUAUGCAAAUAUUAAAAAAACAUUAUCAAUUUGUUCGACCAUCAUCGGAACAAGCGGAUGAAAACGAUGAUCCCGACGAGGCGUAUGGCAAAACUUUAGCAAAAGAGUAUGAAAGUAAAUUAUUUAGAGAUUAUGCAGUUGCGGAUUUGAGUAAAUACAAGGAAGGAAAGCUCGGGUUGAGAUGGAGGAAUGAAAAAGAAGUACUCGACGGAAAAGGAGACUCUGUUUGUGGAAAUGUGGCGUGCAGUGCUACUAAUGACUUGGAAAGUUCUCUCCUCAAUUUUUCGUACCGAGAACACAACAUUCCCAAACAAUGUUUGGUGAAGGUGUGCCUAUGUCCACCAUGCUAUCGAAAAUUAAACAAAAUUCACAAGAAAAGAAAAAAAGAAGAAAAGAAGUUACUGAAAGAGGAACAAAAAAAGAAGUUAAAAAAGGAAUUGAAAUUGUUGACGAAAAUAUAUGAAAGAGAGAAGAAAGCUCAAGAGGAGUAG